GCCGCUCCGCGAUUGGCUGGCGGCGGGCGGGCCGGUCCGCUCGGUGCUGCGCUGCCGUGGCCGCGGGCGCUCCCGCACGCGGGGCUCAGGUGGUGGUGGCGGCGGUUCCUGGCUCGCUAUCGCUGCGGCCCCGCCGCUCCGCCCCGCCCCCGCCGUGCGCUGCGCUGCGUGACAGGAGCUGCCAUGGCCUCACGCAAGGGCUCCAGAGGCGCCGGCGGCAGCCCCAGCCCCGGCUCUAAGAGAGAGACUAAACAUGGAGGAGGUAAAAAUGGAAAGAAAGAAGGCCUCUCUGGAAGCUCAUUUUUCACCUGGUUUAUGGUAAUUGCUUUGCUGGGAGUUUGGACAUCAGUAGCAGUUGUCUGGUUUGAACUUGUAGAUUAUGAAGAAGUUCUAGCCAAAGCAAAGGAUUUCCGUUAUAACUUGUCAGAGGUCCUACAAGGCAAGCUUGGGAUAUAUGAUGCUGAUGGAGAUGGAGAUUUUGAUGUUGAAGAUGCUAAAUUAUUGCUAGGCCUUAAAGAAACAUCUGUCCCAGCACAGCCAAUAUCACCAGCAUCUGAGGAGACCAUCCAGCCUGCUGCGAAAUCAUAUGUUGAAUCAGAGCACAAGAAUGCUGACGUAGAAUUGGAAGAAGAAAUUCAGUCUGUUCUUCAUGAAGCUCUCCAUUCCCAGCCUGGAGAGAGACAUGAAGAUGUAGAUGAAAGUUUAAAUGAACAAUGGCAAGUGAAGGAAGAAAUACGUGGAGAAACACUUGAAGCUCCUACAACACAUGACUUGCUCACAGAAUUAGAGAAUGAAAUAUCAGAAGCAUAUGAAACACCAGAUUCAGUUCAGAAAGACGCUGAUCUUUUGGAAGACGACCUUGGAGCAAUGGAGCCUGAACCAUAUGAAGCACCAGUUUCAUAUGAAUAUAAUACAGAUGUGGAAAAUACAUUAAGUGAUCCAGAAGCUCCAGGUGACGCUGGGUUAAUGCUAGAAGAUGCUGUGGAACAUUAUGCAGAAGAUAGAGUGCACGGCAAUUAUAAUGAAGACCAUGAACCAAAACAUGAAGAGCAGACUGAGGCUCAAGAUACAGCUGUCGACAACCUUCUGGAGGAUGUGAAUGAAGCCACAGAGCCAGAUGAAAUAUCAGAAGAUGUUGAUAUUGGUAAAGACCUGUCAGUAGAAAGUGAGCAUACAGAAGAUCUUGUGACCACUGAACCAGAGGAAUCAGAAGUUCCUGUUAAAGCUGAGGAUUAUUCAAAUGACAAUCUAGUGGAUACUUAAAGCUUCAAAAAGAAAAGUCCCUACAUCAGGAGGACCAGCCCUAACCAUACGCUACAAAAGGGGAGCAGAUGGUUGUAAUAGAUCUUAUGACGUAAUUACCGAGCAGUUCAGGGUUUGGGGAAUGAACACUAAGAUACUGUAAAUGGGUUUUAGCCAACUGUCAUUUUAGUAAGUUUUUUUUAACACUUGGAUGUUUAAUUUACAUUCCUGUCUGAUUUCUCCCCUCUGCCCCCUUGGUCAAGUUUAGUGAAUUCAUUAUUUUUCUUCUGUGUUUGUAAUGGAGUUGCAACUUUGAGCUACAUUUCAGAUGUGCUGUUCAAGCAAUUGUUAAUAUUCUAUUUAUAACGCGACAGCAAGUACAUUUUUUCAGAUUUUAGUAUAUAUCUUUUGUUGUGGAUUCAUACAGUAUGUACAGAGCAGUUUGGUCCCAUGAAACACAUAUUAUGAAUUUUUAGAUGUUUUAUAACUGCUGAUAUAGCAUACAGCCUGACUGCAUUUUAUUGAAAACACUAAUCAGGCGCCCACUAUGCUGUGAAAUUUGACUUGUAUCUCUUUGCACUGAUGUUAUGUCAACAGUUACACUACAUGAAUUUCAGGUAUUUUUAAAAUAGUCUAACAAGGUACAAAAAUGUGUAUGUUUAAUUCAUGCUAGUAAAAAGGCAGUUUACUAGAUUACUUUUUUCAGAAAACUUUUGUGUGUGAAUUCAAACUUUUUAUUUAUUCACAUCUGAUUUUUAAAGCAAAAAUAUCUAGAAACUAUGUAAUAGCUUGGCAGGGAGUCAGUGUACAUUGCAGUGAAACUGAGUUGCUGGAAUCAGGUUGAGUUCAGUAAAAUAAUAAAAAUAAUAAGAAAUAAUGCUGAAUUUAGUAAGCUGUAUAUUCAGUGAAUUAAUUUAAGUCGAAUUUGCUUAAAUACUUGACUUGAAAAUUUUAUUUAAAAAAAUUGGAAAUUCAACCAUAAGAAAAUAGGAUAUCUAAAUUUAAGACCUAAAAUCAUAAAUGCUCUUGUAAAUAAUCUGUCUGAAAUUUAGACUUCAAGUGAUUUAGAAUUUUAAUAUAACAGGUGUACUUUUUACCUGUUCUGUGCUGCUGUUCCACAAUUACGAAGACUUUUUUUUUUGUUGCCAUUUUGCAUGUGUUUCUUUUUGGCUCAGGAAUGAUUGCUAUGAUUUUAGAAAAUUGCUAAGCCUGAAAUGGGAGGUUAGAAGAAAUAAGAUAAAUUUUGAAGGAAAAAAAAAUCAAUUUAGUAACCCUAACAGUGGUUGCCUUUUGAUUGACAGGGAAAUUUUAAAUUUCUGUAGCACUGUUUUGAAGUCAGGUUUUUAGUUGCUUACAUUUACAGUGAAAGGGGCAUCAUAUAUGCUUGCCUUUUUUUGUUUGGGAUUUCAGGAAGACUUCACUUAAGUGAGUGGUACAUCUGAUCAACAAACACAGAUGUCCCAAAGUGAUUUCUUUAGACCUGUCAGGAAAGCAAUAAUACUCUUAGACUGUGAUGUGGUUUGGGGUGGGAUAUUCUAGUAAAAUCACCUGUGAUUGUGAAUUGCAGAGCAAUAAUUUUUACAAAGCCAUAUUUUGUGAGGAAGCUUGGGAAUAAUUUUAGAAUGGUGGAUGGAGGACUUUUUGUAUUACAGUGGCAGCCUAUUUGUAGAAUUAUGGGACUGUGAGAAUAUAUUAUGCUGUGAUCAACUUUUAAGUAUUUUGUAACUGGGUAUGUGAUUUUACGUGCUUCAUGUUUACAAAAAUAUGCCAAGCUGAGCAAGGUCAAGUGGACUAUUAAAAAAUGUAUAUUUAAUCUGUUUUAAUGUUUGGCUGCAAUAAAACACAGAAGAAUAUA